AAUGUACUGCCAGUAAGCUAUUACAUUUUUUAAUUCCUUCAUUUCAAAAGGUGUAUCAUCUCGUUUAUUUGUUUAUCCAGUUUAACAACCCCCUCUGUGCAGCACUUUGGAAAAAUUGAUUUGACCGUACGAAAUCCCAGGAUAUUUAUGUAUAGAACUGUAAUGCACAUUGUGAUUUUAUUUAAGUGAAUUUUAUAGGACACGGCUAACGUUAUGUUAAACCAACUGUAUACUGCGUUAUACAUGUUAGAUCUGACAACUGUGUUGACAUUCUUACUCGUGUUAAUUGUCAGCUAUAUAAUAUGGAAUUACUUCUUCACGGUCCAGCGGGUAGAUAUUCCGGGACCAACACCGUGGCCCAUAGUUGGAAACCUACCACACAUUGCGGGUGCGCGAGAUAUAGGAAAAAAAUUGUUGGAGUUUAGGAAAACAUAUGGUGACAUGGUAUUCCUUCGAUUUGGUCCACAACCUAUACUUUUGUGUUUUGGUUAUAAGCUGGUUCGGGAAGUUUUAUUGGUCAAUGGUGAAAAAACCAAGUUCAGGCCGACUUGGAUGUAUCUUAUUAGAAAGUUCUUUCCUAAAGUGACAGGCAUUUUCUUCAGCGAUGGUAAAACAUGGUCGGAUGGACGAAAAUUUACGGUUGUUGCACUCAAAGAUUUCGGAGUAGGUAAAAAGACGAUAGAUGAACGUAUACACGAGGAAGUUCAAUACUUAGUGGACGAGUUUUCUAAAAAUCCAGAGAAGCCUGUCGACGUUCUAAAAGUAUUUCCUAUGGCUACUUCAAAUAUUAUAUCAAAUAUAGUAUUUGGAUCAAGGUUCGAUUACGAUGACAAAGACUUCAAGGAGAUGUUAUAUCACAUUUAUUUCAUAUUUAAAUCUGCAACCAUUGCUGCUCCUGAGAAUUUCUUCCCAAUUAUUGAUAAACUGAAACCAUGGAAUACGAACACACAGGUUGCAGGACAUUUGGCAGCUGUCAGAACGUAUAUGCGUUCCAGAGUGGAUAAGGAGCGAGAUUCAUUUGACCCAAAUAAUAUUCGGAACUUUAUUGACCUUUACCUGGAACAAGAGGAAAAACCAGAUUCAAAAAUAUCAGAGGACUUUCUCUUUCAAGCAAUUGUAGAUAUUUACCAAGCAGGAACAGAUACCACAGCUGUCACCCUUUCCUGGUGCAUGUUGUAUAUGCUUAAAUAUCCGGAGGUGCAGAAAAAAUGUAGAGACGAAGUCAUGAAAGUUAUUGGGGAUGGUAGAAUUCCUUCAUCUAAGGACAAAGUCUCACUUCCAUACGUUAUGGCUACAAUACAUGAAGUACAAAGACUUGCAGCUGUAGCUCCAGUUGCAACUCCUCAUGCAACACUAGAAGACACGUACAUCGAUGGUAAACUCGUACCAAAACAAACUGUAAUAUUGUGUCAUUUGAUGUCUGUUCUUUAUGAUCCUACCCAAUGGCAAGAACCAGAAAAGUUUCUACCUGAGAGGUUUCUAGGAGAAAAGGGAGAGCUGAUUAAACAUGACGCUUUUUGUCCGUUUUCCAUGGGUCCUAGGACAUGCAUUGGACAACAGUUGGCCUCAAACGAAGUGUUUUUGUUUUUCACUUCAUUCCUUCAACGGUUCAAUUUCACCACAGUUAACAAAGAUGACUGUGUGUCUACAGAUGGUGAGCAUACAGGUGUUACUCGUCAACCAUACCCAUUUGAGAUGUGUUUUAAACCUAUCUAACACCAAGAAUAUAGAACAUUCUUCAUUUCAUGAGUUUAGAUUGGUCUAUAAACAUGAUUCAGUACUUUCUGUGUGCAUGGCAUUUCCAUCUUCAUGAAUGUAUUUAACCAACAACUAAAAUAUACACAACCUUACAUGAUGGUCUGCUGCUUCAUGUAGAUCUUGUUUUAUCAUAAUGUUAUUGUUAUCUAGCAAAAAAAGCAUUCUAGUUAGUCAAUUUUAAGACUUAAGACAGUAGUUUAUACAGGGAACAUGUAAUUCCUUAUGAAGUAUAUAAAAUAGUGGAAAUUAUGCAAAUUGAAAUAAAUAUUUAUAUUUUGUUACUGCAGUAAAAGAUAAAGUUAAAAAUCAUAGAUAUAUUCUAUAAAUGUCUUUAUAAAUAAUAUUUUCACAAUCUAUGGUGUUGUUUCGAAUGUCACUAGUGAAUAUUCAUUAGACGAAACGCUUUUCUGAUGUACAAAUUUAUAAGCCUAGUAUCCAGGAUAUUUGUAAAGUCAUCGCUUAUGCUUUUAACCCAAAAUACGCAUGGUUAUGUUUAUGGUACUAUGGUUAUGGUCAACUUGAAUAUACAUGUAAAGAAUGGCGUGACCGUACUAUUUUCUUAUUAGUAUAUGCGAGUUUACAUGUAAAGAAUGCUGUGAUCAUACUAUUUUCUUAUUUGU